CAAUAAAAUGGAGCAGUAGUUAAUCCAGAUAUGCAAUCUUCUAUUUUGUCUAUUAUCUUUCUUAUAAGGAAUUAUCUUAAAAUAAAAUAUCAUAAAAUAACAUAAAAUAAUUAUUCUAUUCUACAGUACCCUGGGAAUUACCAGGUGUUAUCCAUCCUCUGGAAAAUGUAAAAUCCUUUUGAGCAAGCCUAUCCUGGACUUACGGCCGAGAAAAGACACAGUCGAAGUGCUGGCUUUUAUUCAUUGAAACUGUUUAUAGUGGCUCAUAGAAACAUGAGCUAAGGAAGAAUUCCAAGAUACAAAUGGUGCUUAAAAGACGCUCCUACAUGAAAUGAUCCAUGCAUAUUUCUUUAUCAUGGAUCUUAAAGACGAUGAUGAUCAUGGAAAAGGGUUCCGCUUUUAUAUGCGAUACAUUGAUAAUGUGUGUGGAACAAAACUUAAAAUUGAGCACGAAUUUGAAGAUGAAGUGGAGGCACUCAAACGUCACUGGUGGUCAUGUGAUGGGCCCUGUGGGAAGCUAGAAAAGAGAGCAACAAACAGGUCACCAGAUACUAAGGAACACAAGCGUAAAUGUGGUGGAAAGUUUGUAAAGAUUGCAGAACCAGAUGAGCCACCCAAAAAAAAAAAAGAAGACGCUAAAGAAUAUAGCAUUAGAAUGGAAUAACACCAUGGAUGCAAAACAUCAGCAUCCAAGCAGAAUACCUCCCAUCUGUUUAGAUGAUACACUAUGGAUUCAGGGAUUCAGAGACUGAAAGGGGCUUAAUAAAAACGGUGUGCAACUUGGGAGGAUUAGGCCUGUGGCUACUAAUAACACUGUAUGACCUUGCCACAUAAGACUUUUGGCCUUCAGUUUAAAAGAAAUGUUGAGAGUUACAGAACAGCCCCAGAAUUCAGCAUACUGUGUGUUACUUUCAUUACUGUUUUUAAAUAAAAAAUAAAUGUUUGAAA